UCAGAUUCCUCGGUGUUGCGGGCUUCACAGCUCCUUCACUGAGUCGGAGCAUCUCGCCGCUGCUCAGUGUGAAGAUUAAUCUGAUUUUCUCUCGUCCCUGAACUGAUGCUCUGCACUUCUGAAGGAAACCUGUGGACGCGGGCGUCGCGUGCUGUCAAGAACCUCUGAGCGCUGAGAUGAAUAUGUCACAUACACACAGUGACCAUGUGCACCCAACCAUGCCGCCUGUUACCACGGACUCGCAUGGGGACCAUAUGACGCCCCCCGACACGGGCCAUGGGGAUCACAUGAUGAUGAUGCAAAUGACCUUCUACUUUGGCUACAAAAAUGUGGAGCUGCUAUUUGCUGGGCUGGUCAUCAACACACCAGGAGAAAUGGUAGGCGCGUGCAUUGGUGUGUUCUUGCUGGCUGUGUUCUACGAGGGUCUGAAGAUCGGCCGAGAGUUCCUGUUGAGAAGGAAUCAGGUGAACGUGCGUUACAACUCCAUGCCUGUCCCAGGAGCGGAUGGCACCGUGCUCAUGGAGACACAUAAAACAGUCGGCCAGCGAAUGCUGAGUCUCUCACACUUUUUCCAGACCUUUCUUCACAUCAUCCAAGUGGUGGUCAGUUACUUCCUCAUGCUGGUGUUCAUGACGUACAACGGGUACCUGUGCAUCGCAGUGGCGGCAGGCGCCGGCCUCGGCUACUUCCUGUUCAGCUGGAAGAAGGCAGUAGUGGUGGAUAUUACAGAACACUGUCAUUAACCUCUCUUGUGUGUAACCUCAAAAAAAAACCACCCAAUUCACAAUCCCAACAUGCAACGCAACUCUACAUGUGUAGAGCACUAUAUGAAUUAAUUCAUCUUGGUAAAUAUCAGCCAAGUGGCUCUAUUCUUUUUAAAGCUCUAUUUUGAUUUGUUUUAUUUAAAUUAGCCCCAUAUUUCAUAUCCCAUCCCAGUAAUCACAUAUGUGUGCACAGCCUAACAGUCUACCUCCAUAGUGCUGAGAGCCACAACUGACAUGAUUUGUAAUAAUCAUUACAUCUCAUGGAUUAUUACGCUUAUGAAGGUGCUUCUGGGUUUGACAGAGCCUCACUAAACCCUUUGCCUUAAAUGAGGGAACACAAACACAUACACCCAAGAGGGCGACCGUAGACUCUAAAAGCCAAACUGGAUCUGGUGGACCCAGUAUACAAGCACUAGUGGCGGGAGGGUGUUUUUUUUAAUUUUGAGGUUGUUAUGGCCACGUGUUUCAAAUCACUGAAAUGAGUGUUAAUAAUCAGCGACCGACCAUUGUUUAGA